AAACGAGGAGCCAUGGCUGCUGCAGGGAGUCACAUCCAGCGUCUAAGUGAUGAAGCCGCUUGCUCCAUCUGCCUGGAUUACUUCAGGGAUCCAGUGACCAUCCCAGAGUGUGGGCACAACUACUGCCGAUCCUGCCUGAUCCAGUGCUGGAGGGAAUCGGAGGCAGAGGCUUCCUGCCCUCAGUGCAGAACAAGAGUCCAGAGAAGGAGCCUCAUCUCCAACCGGCAACUGGCUAAUAUGGUAGAAAUAACGAAGAAUCUCAGCCUUCAAGAGGGAAAGGAGGAAGGAGGGGGGAAAGGGAGAGUCUGCGAGAAGCACCAGGAGCCCCUGAAGCUCUUCUGCAAAGUCCACGAAGCCCCCAUCUGCCUGGUGUGUGACAAAUCAAAGGAACAUGAAAAUCACAAGGUGAUUCCUCUGGAGGAGGCUUUCGAGGAAUACAAGGGAGAGAUCUGUAGCCGCCUGGAGAUUCUGAAGAAAGAGAAAGGGGAAAUCCUGGCCUAUCAAGCAGAUCUAGUCAAGGAAAGCAAAGACCUCCUUAAAUUAACAGAAACGGAGAGGCUGAAGACACUGGAGAAGUUCAGAGAACUGCGCCAGUUCCUGGAAGAACAGGAAAAACAUCUGCUGAAUCAUGUGGAAGAUGUGGAGAAGGAGAUUGCAAGGAGAAGGGAUGAGCAGCUGGCCAGACUCUCCAGGAAACUCUUCUCUCUUCAGAGGAUCAUCCAGGAGAUGGAGGAGACGAGUCAGCAGCCAGCGAGUGAACUUCUGCAGGUAAGACGGUGGCAGGAACAGCCCAAGGCUCCAGGAAGAGGCUGCCUCCCAUCCUAUCUGUGCCCCUUUCAUGUAUACAAGGAGUGCAGGGGCUCAGAUGAUGGAGCCUCUAGUCAGGUUUGUAAUGGACAGGAAGACCCAAGAGACCUGGGAUGCUUAACUCACCUGAAUGGAGACUAGAGAUUCUCCUGUGUUCUUGA